UUCAACUGACGGUUUCCGGAUAGAAUAAAAUGAGGUACAUUUCGACGUAAAAAGACUUGGUUAACGCAUAAAAUGUUUCAACUCAGAAUUUUACUUCGACAAGCCUCCAGGGGUCUAACGAAAAGUUCUGAUAAACUGGUUGCUGCGAGAUGUCUCCAAACGCAAACUUCUGACAAUGCUGCUCAAGGCGCAGUUUCAGCUAAAAGUGAGGAUUUCUCAGAAAUAAGGAAGGACAUGCCUGCAAAAGAAAUGAGACCACUUUAUCUGGAUGCACAAGCAACAACACCUUUGGAUCCUCGUGUUUUGGAUGCCAUGCUGCCAUACUUUGUUAGUUACUAUGGAAACCCACAUUCAAGGACUCAUGCAUAUGGAUGGGAAAGUGAGGCUGCUGUGGAAAAAGCCAGACAACAAAUAGCAACAAUAAUUGGUGCAGACCCCAGGGAGGUUGUGUUCACCAGUGGAGCUACCGAGUCCAACAACAUUGCAGUCAAAGGCGUGGGGAGGUUCUACAAAAGCAAGAAAAAGCAUGUCAUUACAACACAGACAGAACACAAAUGUGUCCUAGAUUCCUGCAGAGUUUUAGAAGCAGAAGGCUUUGAUGUCACUUACUUACCUGUGCAGACAAAUGGAUUGAUUGAUUUACAGAAACUACAGGAUGCAAUUCGACCCGAUACUGGCCUAGUGUCAAUAAUGAUGGUCAAUAAUGAAAUUGGUGUCACUCAACCAGUAAAGGAGAUUGGUGAGAUGUGCCGUGCCAACAAGAUAUUUUUCCACACUGACGCAGCUCAGGCCGUCGGUAAAGUGCCUGUAAAUGUGAAUGACAUGAAGAUAGAUCUGAUGUCCAUCAGUGGACACAAGCUAUAUGGACCUAAAGGUGUCGGAGCCCUUUAUGUGAGGCGUCGGCCUAGAGUGAGGGUAGAUGCUCCCCAGAGUGGAGGAGGGCAGGAGAGAGGAAUGAGGAGUGGCACUGUCCCCACCCCUCUCUGUGUGGGCUUAGGCUCAGCUUGUGAGAUUGCUAUGCAGGAAAUGGAGUAUGACCACAAGAGGAUCACAGCUCUGUCCAACAGACUGAUUGACCGUCUUCAGUCGGCACUCCCCAAGGUUAUCCGGAACGGCGAUCCAGAACAAUCCUAUCCAGGGUGUGUGAAUUUGUCCUUUGCCUUUGUGGAAGGAGAGAGUUUACUGAUGGCACUGAAGGAUGUUGCUUUAUCUUCAGGGAGCGCCUGUACAUCUGCAUCCCUGGAGCCCUCCUAUGUAUUGAGAGCGAUUGGUGCUGAUGAAGAUCUGGCACAUUCAUCAAUCAGGUUUGGGAUAGGGAGAUUUACAACAGAGGAAGAACUGGAUUACACUGCAGACAAAUGUAUUGACCAUGUUACACGUCUGCGAGAGAUGAGUCCAUUGUGGGAAAUGGUACAGGAAGGAAUUGACCUGAAGAAUAUUCAAUGGUCUCAGCACUGAGAUACCCUCUGGACAUACCGCGUCUGGAAGGAUUGCCACGAAGACUGAUUGGGAUUCACUUUGCUGAACCUACAAAUCAGCACAGGGUACUCCACAGCCCUGUUGUGUUGUGUGUAUUUACAAUUAACUCCUAUAAAAACAUCUGCCUGUAGAUGUGACGCUUUCUUUAAUGAAUCGGAUAUAAAUAUUACAUAAGGAAGAAAGCCUGAUCGGGGUGAAUAUAUUACAUCAUGGUUAUUGAUAUUGUUGAAACACAGUAUAUUGUUCAACUUGAGGUCUGUUUAGUACAUACAUUUACUUCAUAUAUCAGUCAGUACAAGUCUGCAAAUUCCCCUCCCAAAUAAGCUGGGGCUUAAAGUCUUAAGAUAUAGUUCUCAUAUUUCUUAAUUGAGGUAUAACACAGAUUGUAUUGUUAUGUGUACUUUAAUUUGUUACAUCACAGGAACUCAUAUAUCUACGUGAAGUUAUAAACAGAAAGAAUAUUUUAAUGUUUUCCAUUGAAGAUCUUAUAUAUGUUUCAUACGGUUACCGGAAUACUAUUUUGUUAGUGAGUUAAUUGUGAGUAAAUAUUGAGGAAAUAUUGAAUAACAUAUACAUUGUACAUGCACUUUGCCACUCAAGUGAAAUCAUUAACAAACAUAAACUUUUCUAUUUAAAAUUUUUGAAACUAAUUUUUGUUGGAAAACGGAAUCUUUUAAAUUCUGUGUCAACUCUGGGGCUGUGAUCACAUGAUAUUUCUGUUUUGUCCAUUGCUGAUGGCAAUACCAGGGACCCAUUCUUUCUGCUAGACAAAAAUCAUGUCGGUUUACAUUUAAGAUAUGUAUGUUCAGGAAAAGUGACCCAUUAUUACAGUUUAUCUACACAGAUUUAACUCUCGUUACUUCUCAAUCUGGACAGACAUUUGUAGUCUCAGUGUUGAUAAUGGAGCAGUGACUGUUCUGAUUUCUCACUAAUCAGAUUGAUAUGAAAAAUAGUAUUUGAUAUAAGUUGAUAUUGCACAGCUAAGAAUGUAAUAAAUACUAUGUUUCAGCUUGAAGUGAUUGUUGACCUAAUUAUGUUACCUUUAAUCUCUAUGGCAGGGUAUUAAGUUUUAUGAAUUGACUUCAUUAGCUUCAAAUACCCAAAUGAAAAGUGGUGUCACUUGCUACUGCUUUUCAGUGUGUGUUGAGUUGGUCUUAAAUAAAUGUGAAGUCUUGUUAUAUUGAAUUCUUUGGACAUAUGUGUAGACUUGCUUCCAUAUAUCUAGAUGUGUCAUUAACAUCCCAAUGGCCAGACUAUUUCAGAUGUACAGUUAUCAGUAAAGAAAAGGUAAGAUAAAUCUGGUUGGAAUAAAAACAAUGUAAUUUAAUUAGACUUAAUUAGAAUUUUGCUAGUAGUAGCUCCAAUAUAUUAAAUAAUAGAGCAAAAAUACAUAUUAUUCUAAAAUCCCUAUUGUGUUCUCACCAGUGUUGGGAUGUCAUUUAAAGCUGUUAUUUACAAUUUGUUUAAUGUACAAUUAUACAUCUUAUACUUAACAGGUAGGUUUCAAUAAAUUGUUUGAUCACAUGAC